GACAGAAAAAAACAAAAAAAAAAACACACACAAAAAAAAAAACAAUGAAGAUAGAUAGAUGGUUAUGCUUCUUCUACUUCUAAUGUGUUGCUCUCUUCUUACUAUCUGAAACUUGAAUUUCCUAUUUUACCCUUGCCGGAAACCCUGUUCUCUAUGCGUAGCGAAGUGAGUAUUCCGUGGAUCCUGUGUUGGGGACCAGGAUAAGAAAUCAAGAGAGAAAUGUUGGUGGUUGAAAUUUUAGGGUUUCAGGGUUUGGUUUAUUUGUUGUUGGUUUUGGGGUUUUUGGUAAUUCGUCAAAUUUGGAGAAAUGCAGAAGCGAAAAAGGAAGAGAUUAUGAGGUUGGUGCAAGAUACUGCUGCCAUGGCUGAAAUGGAAGCUGCUGCUUUAGCUUCAAAUUCAAAUUCAAAUUCAGUUUCAGCUUCAAUUUCAGCUUCGAAUUUGAUUCCUGUUUCGGUUUCUCAAUGGUAUCAAUGUGCGGUUUGUUAUUCUCCUACUACCAUGCGUUGCUCUCGCUGCAAAGCUGUUAGAUACUGUUCGGGUAAGUGUCAAAUUAGUCACUGGAGGCAAGGUCACAAGGACGAAUGUUGUCAUUCGAAUACCACCAACAGGGAGGUCAAAGAUGAAAAUAUUACCUGUAGGGAAUCGGUAUCAGAAACAAAGUUUGAUCACGUUCAUGAAUUCAAAGAAAAACAUGUUGGUGAUGGAUCUUACAGUGACUCAUAUUCCAGCCUUAAUCCUUCUAUUGCUGCAAGAAAAUCGUAUGACGAAGACUGUCAUGACACAUCUGUGAAACCUGUAUGUGAUAAUACUGCUGAUGAUACACGUGUAGCUUCCAAUGAUUGCGAUGGGAGCAUGUUGUCGCCCUCACUUCCCUUGAAAACUAAAAAUCUUGUUAAUAUUGAAGUUAAGAAUUCUAGUUCAAGUAGAAGAAGCAAGAAAAAGUCUAGUAACACUACUGAUGAGACCGGAUUUAAAUCAAAAGUUCCAAAAGUCAAAUCUGACGCAUCUCAUGAUGUGGCAUCAAAUUUGGGUGGCCAUGAACAUGGAAGGAAAGUUGCAUCAGUUGAAAAACCAAUUACAGAUACCUCUAAUGGCAGGACUGUACCUUCCUUGAGCAGUUCAAGUGUAGAUAUUGUAGCUGAUGAUGUGGAAGAGUCGCUUUUGUCCAGGUACAAAGAAGCACGACGAUCAUCAUCUAGUUCUCGUGAUCAACUAUCCUCAACUACUAAAGAGGAUUUGAUUUCACUUUCCAAGUCUACAAAAACUGACAAUUAUCAUACCUUGCCCUCAAAAGUUAGUGUCGUUCCAAAUCUUCCACAAAAUGUUCGUAAUGGUUUGAAAACAUCAAUGCAGAAAGUUGUCCAGCAGUUUAGAAGCUCAAAAGAGUCAAAAUCCAAUCUAAUAUCUAGUGAAAAUGAGUUGGGCUUUCCUUAUGAACUCUUCGUGGAACUUUAUUGCUAUGACAAGGUGAAACUAAUUCCCUUUGGCCUUACAAACUGUGGGAACAGCUGUUACGCUAAUGCAGUUCUCCAGUGCUUGGCGUAUACUCGACCUCUAACAUCAUAUCUUUUGCAAGGGUUCCAUUCGAGACGAUGUCAGAAGAAGGGAUGGUGUUUUAUCUGUGAGUUUGAAUAUCUAUUUCAGAAGGCAAAAGAAGGGAAUUCUCCACUUUCUCCAAUUGGGAUAUUAUCUAAGAUACACAAGAUUGGAAGUCAUCUUGGACAUGGGAGAGAGGAAGAUGCGCAUGAAUUUUUGAGGGGUGCAGUUGAUACAAUGCAAUCGAUUUGCCUCAAGGAAGCCGGUGUUUCGAGUCCUUUGACCGAAGAAACAACUCUCAUAGGGUACACUUUUGGAGGUUAUCUACGAUCAAAGAUAAAGUGCUUAAGGUGCCUGGGGAAAUCUGAGAGGUAUGAGAGAAUGAUGGAUCUUACUGUUGAGAUUGAUGGGGAUAUUGAAACUUUGGAGGAGGCUCUUGGACAAUUUACAGCGCCAGAAAUCUUGGAUAAAGAUAAUAAAUAUAAUUGUGGCAGAUGUAAAUCGUAUGAGAAAGCCAAGAAGAAGUUGACAGUAUUGGAGGCACCGAAUAUUCUUACAAUUGUACUAAAACGAUUUCAGUCCGGUAACUUUGAGAAGUUGAAUAAGUCAGUUCAGUUCCCUGAAGUCUUGAAUAUGGCUCCUUAUAUGAGCGGAACAAAAGAUAAAUCUCCAUUGUACAGUCUUUAUGCAGUAGUUGUCCAUUUGGAUAUCAUGAAUGCUGCAUUUUCGGGCCAUUAUAUCUGUUAUGUGAAGAACAAUCGAGGAGAAUGGUUCCGGACUGAUGACAGCAAGGUAGAACCUGUUGAAUUGUCAAGAGUCUUAUCAGAAAGGGCAUACAUGCUUCUUUAUUCAAGGCAUUCUCCAAAGUCCUUGGGUUCAGUAAGUAGCAGUGCAGGCUUUUCAACUGGAAAGUUCAAGAGGAGGAACGCUGUUUCUAAGACGCGAUCAAAUUCCAUGGUUACAAGUGCUGGUUCUCUCUCACUACAGCCGAAGCAAGGCAAGCAUUCUCAAUGGAAUGCUCUCGAUAAUUCCGAUAGCAAUGAAUUUGUAUAUCGAGAAGAGUGGAGAUUUCAUGAUGGGAGAAGAAAUACUAUGGUGGAUUCUUCUAGCGAAAGUUCACUCUUUAGCUCUUCUGAUGCAAGUUCUUGUAGUACUGCAAGUACCAAGGACUCGGCUAGUACUGCUGAUUUUUCAGAUUACAUAUUUGGUGAGGCGGGAUCCAAUUGGUAUGGACACUAUGGUAUUUCAUCUAACUCGGCAGCAUUGUCUUCCUAUGAUAACUUGCAUACAAAUUUAUCAAUGGACAGUAAUGCUAAUAGGAGGCUCCAACAUAACUCGGAAGAUAAAGCAAUUGCUAACAAAAACAAAAUUCAUAGUAGUAGAUGGGGAAUUGAUCUUAAAAGAUAUGUCACUGCUAAAAAUCAUGACAAAAAUUCCGUUGUAAAUGUGAGAAGAACAAGUACAGAUUCAUCAGCUCAAACAUUUUAUUGAGUUUGAGUAGAGAUAGAAUCAAUCAUCUGGGAUAUUUUUGGUAUAGUGAAAAUUAACAUUUCGCUAAUAUUAGUAGAAUGAGGAUUCUUGUGUUGAGGUUCAUCCUUUGUUCAAGAAUUCUCGUGUACAAGUAAGAAUAACGAAUUGAGAUGUAGCAGCUCAAACGUUUUGUUCAGUUUGAGUUAAGACAACAAUCAUCUCCAAUAAUUUUUGGUACAGUGAAUAUCAUUAAGUGCUUCACUACUUAUUUGAUUUUCA